ACCCUUAUUUUAGGUUCCUGACUCUUUGCUGAUUUGAACCCGCCCACUGUACCAUCUGUAUAUAAAAGUCUGCACAACUAUCUGAACCAGAGAAAGAAAAAAAUAAGUGCUGAUAAGGCAUGUGUAUUCUGAUCUGUUAAAGACCAUGAAGUUUAAAGUCCUGUGCUUUUUGUGUCUCCUGGGCCCAAUAAAACUAGGCUUUUCAGCGGUGAUCUCUGUGCCUCUUGGCUCUUCUGUAGUCCUGCCCUGUUCCUUCAUCCUUCCCACUCCAGUGAACGAUGAACACCUCAAUAUCACCUGGACCUUAGAAGGGUUGGUGGUCGCAUCAAAUCUGCAUGUAGAAAGAGGCUUCUACCUGAACCCCUUGGCCAUUGUGGAUGGGUCUUUUGCCCUGACGGUAAUCAAUGCCACUACACACCAGCAGGGGGUGUAUGAGUGCAGUGUAAUCAGCAAUGGGACUGAAUAUUCCACGAAUAUUUCACUGGCUGUCAUGGCUCCCCCCACUUUGUCCAUACCCUCUCGGACAGUGGUGUUGGGUCGAGAGAGUGUAGUUGAGUGUCGGGCGAAGGGUUUUAGCCCUCCUUGGAUCACAUUUUCAUGGACGCGGGCAGGCAAGCAAUUCGAAUCCCCUCAGGUGUUCAAAGCAAACCGCACAGAAGAUGGGCUGUUUGAGGCAGUCAGCAGGGUGACAUUGGUCCCUGAACCCACAGAUCAGAAUAACACUUACAGCUGCACGGUGCAGCAUGAAGCUUUGGAGAAACCACUUGUACAAGAGUUCAACAUGACCGUCAUCAUUCUCCCCAAGGUCACCCUGUCUGUUGUGCCAUCUUCCUCUCACUCCUCUCCUCUCACUCUCGCCUGUGACAUCAACGGCUUCUACCCAUCCAACAUGUCCGUGGCGUGGGUGCAACAUGGCACCACCCUGUCCGAGCCUCCCCAGGCCCGUCUGAAUGGUGAUGGGACAUACACAUCCCGGCACUUCCACACUCUCAGCAUGGAGGAGACAGACCGUGCUGGAUGGGUGCAGUGCGAAGCUCAGCAGCCUCAUGUUUCUCAGCCGGCCUCUGGUUCCAUUGACCUGUCAGCUGCCAGUUCACUCGCACGGGAAAUCGUUCUGACAAAGUCAGCGAAAGCCUCCGUGGCCAUGAUGAUCAUCUCACUCAUUCUUAUCUUCCUGCUCUGUUUUGGCUUCUCUUGGAAGAGGAGAGAUGAGAAGCAGAAAAGCCUGACUAUAUCAGCGAUCAUCUUGCCCCCUCGAGUGGUCGUGGGGCAGAAAGGCAGAGUCACCAUUUGUAUAGAGGGCAGAAGAGCAGACAGGGUAGAAACUGCCUGGUUCCUCAAUGAUAUCCCCAUAGUAGAUACCUCUUAUACAGGAGAAAAAAGCUAUGGCCCAAUUUACUCAACAGACCAUGGCCACACUCACAAGAUUUCUCGUGCGUCUUUGGCAUCUGAGAAAGGCCCGCUACUGCUGGCCACUGCUCCUGGAUAUUACAAGCUGUGCACUCAGCAGCCCUUACACACUUCCGGACCCACCAAACAGCUCCUGUCGUCUGUUACGUUUGUACCAAACUUAUCUGUCCACAAGGGGGCAGUCUUCAAAUGCCAGAUCUCCUACCAAGGCAAAGACAAUAUAGUGAUGGAAAAAAUAUCUAAUAAGUUUACCAUUCUGGCACCACCUGAAGUCUCUGAAAUCCAACUUUCAGAACCAAAUGAGGAAUCAGGGAUCGUCACGCUGACUGUAUCGGCAUCAGGCUUCCACCCAGACGUCAUUACAUUCCGCUGGUUCUGUGAGGGGGGUGAGCUGAGCCCCCUGGCUGCCCCACUAGCCCUAGCUGCCCCACGGCCCGAUACCCAGGGCUUUUUCUCAGCCAUGAGCCAAUGCCGCCUGCCCAAGGAUGAGCUGGAAAGAGGGAAAACUAUUGUGUGGGUCACCGUCCAUCAUAUGUCACUCAAACAACCUGUGACACGGAAGACCAUAGGUUUCCUAAAGAAGCCCAUCAUAUCAGAAAUCAGGUGCUCUUCUUCCACCCUGCAGCAGCCAUUAACCUUAGCCUGUGACAUCGCAGGUUUUUACCCUCCAGACAUCACAGUCCAAUGGCUGAAGAGGGGUAAAAGUGAAGAACAGGAGGAGGAUGUUGUUCUCGGGGAAAGAGAAGUUUGGGGGCCAGUUCAGACCUCCCCGAGGAUGUUCCAGGCUACAGCUCUGAUAAAAGAGGUGGAUGAAGCUGAGGAGAUUCUGUGCAGGGUGGAGCACUGCUCCCUCCUAGAGCCCAUAGAGAGAGUUUGGAGGAAGAUUCACCUCGUGGCUCCUUCUGUUGCUCUCUCCCUGUCUGUGAACUGGAGGGAUGAUGGUGUGGGGGUGUUCUCCUUGUACCUGUCAGGUGGGGUGCCACACCCCACGCUACUGUGGGCUGCUGGGAGCACCACCCUCUCCCCACUCCUCUCCAGAGAGACAGAACAGGCUGCUGAGGAAAGGGAGAGAGUGCUAAUAAGCAUCUGUGCUGUGGCAGUAGCUCCAGAAACACAGGGAGCUGAACGCCAACCUCACAGAAGCAAACUUCUGCACUAUUCUCAGAUACCUGGAUUAGAGAAUGAAGCUAUGGACAAAACCACCAGCGAGCGUGAAAACACAUGGGAAAAAAAAGGGGAUGAAGGAAAAGUGCCACUCUCAUCAGACAUCAUAUGCGAGGAGAGAACUGAUUCUGUAGAAGAAGAACUUCAGCCCUCUUAUAUAAAUACAGUGAAUCAUGAAGAAAGAGGGAAGACACAGGGAGAGACAGCGCUGAGGGUUGCCGUGGAGAUUACCCAUCCUGCCCUUAGUCUGCCAUUUAUCGUACCUGGACAGAGCCUGAAGAGGAAGUGCAAUCCUAAUGUAUUGUCAUUCAUCAUUUAUUGUUUAUUUAUAUAAAAAAGUGAAAAUUAUCUAAACUAUACAUCACUUAUCCAACUCAAAAUACAGAGAAUGUCAGCAUUUUUCAUUUUCAUUUUAUCAUCAUUAAAAUGUGGUUAAUUUGGUUUGAAUCCUAAAUGCUAUAACAUAAUGAAGGUGUUCACUUGCAUCUAUGUGACUGUUUUAAUCUUUUCCCUUGUUGGGAUGUCUAGUCUAGUCCUCAAUAUCAGUACUGUUAGUACAGUACAUUACUGUCAAAUAGUGGACAGUCUGGGUACUCCAGACUUGAAAUGAAGAAAUUACUUUUAAGAUAUCAGUCUAUAAAUACAUCUAUAUGGGGCAAAGCAUUAAAAAUCACAUUGCCCCAUAUGUCCCAAAUCCUUUCAGCUGAUUACUUGUCUGUGAUUCAUAGAUUUCACCAGAUGCUGGGUUAUUUUCCCUGCCUCUACCAGGCCUAUACAUGCAGGCGUUUUAAGUUCUUAAUUGUAUGGACUAUUUGUCUUUGAGUUUGAAAUGCAUGUUCCAUGAAGUUCAGGUGAAAUGAUUGACUUAGCUAGCCACUUUUUUCACUUUUUGGCCAUAUAAAGGCCUUUGAUUAUAUAGUUUGAUUAUAUAGUUCGCACAAUAUAGAUGUAACUACGGUAAAAUUAAACCUGACAUUCUGCACUUUAA